AUGCAGGUACCGUUGCUUCGCCUUCAGUGUGGUGUCAACAGCUAUGACUGGGGCAAGAUUGGUCAUGAGUCUGCUGCCGCAAAGUAUGCCGCCAUUACUGCAGGCUCCGAUUUCUCCAUAGAACCUGAGAAGCCGUAUGCAGAGUUGUGGAUGGGCACCCAUCCUUCCCUUCCCUCCAAAGAUGUCGAAACCCAGCGAACCCUCCUCGAUAUGGUCCAGGAUAACCAGGCAUUGAUCUCCAAGGAAGUGAGCGAGCGAUAUGGAGGGAAAUUGCCUUUCCUUUUCAAGGUUCUUUCUGUUCAAAAGGCUCUCAGUAUCCAAGCCCAUCCGAAUAAGAAACUGGCUGAAAAGCUUCAUGCCCGGGACGCCCGAAACUAUCCAGAUGAUAAUCACAAACCCGAAAUGACAAUUGCGAUCACCCCGUUCGAAGGACUGUGCGGCUUCCGACCGCUGGCCGAAAUCGUUCACUUCCUUAACGCAGUCGCCCCUCUCCGCGAGUUAGUCGGCACGCAAGCAGUGAAUCAAUUCGAGAGUGUUGUCAAGGGAUCUGAAGACUCGCAGGAUUCUGACAAAAUGGCAAGAAACAAGGACGCGUUACGCUCCCUAUUCACAUCGCUAAUGAAGUCAUCACCGGAAAGCAUUGAGGCUGCCACCCAGAAGCUGAUCUCUGCGGCUCAGGAUUCUCCUGAUACAUUUGCUACUUCUACCAGCACUCCGGAGACGAAUCCGAGCAACCCUGCCGAAUUGGCUGCCAUUAUCGCUCGACUUAACGGACAAUUCCCUAACGACAUCGGGCUAUUCGUGUUCUUCUUCCUGAAUUUUGUCAAGCUGGCACCAGGUGAAGCCAUGUUCUUGAAGGCUGAUGACAUCCAUGCAUACAUCUCUGGAGACAUUAUCGAAUGCAUGGCGUCGUCUGAUAACGUUGUGCGGGCGGGCUUCACUCCCAAGUUCAAGGACGUUGAUACACUCACCGAAAUGCUGACAUACUCCUAUGCGCCAAUUGAAGAGCAAAAGCUGGAGCCGACCGACUAUCCAUAUGCCGUUCUCAAUGCCUCCGCCUACUCAAGUGGUUCAUCGUCUCUUCUCUACGACCCUCCGAUUGAAGAGUUUAGUGUGGUCAAGACGGAUCUGAAGAGGGCUGGGGCCAAAGCAACUUUCGACGCACUGGUGGGUCCCAGCAUCCUGAUAUGCACAGGCGGAACUGGGAAGAUUACGGUCGGCCACAAGACUGAGGAAGUGAAGGAAGGCUAUGUAUUCUUUGUGGGAGCCAACGCCGAGUGUAUCGUCGAAAGUACGGGCAGUGGAGAGGAGGAUGUGUUUACCACAUAUAAGGCAUUCUGUGAUCUGACGGGCAAGGAGGACAUGGUGAAUGGAAACUAG